AUGUCCGGCCGUGGCAAGCAGGGCGGUAAGGCGCGCGCCAAAGCCAAGUCUCGCUCGUCGCGCGCGGGGCUGCAGUUCCCCGUGGGCCGCGUGCACCGGUUGCUCCGUAAAGGCAACUACUCGGAGCGGGUUGGUGCCGGCGCGCCGGUGUACUUGGCAGCGGUGCUGGAGUACCUAACGGCCGAGAUCCUGGAGCUGGCGGGCAACGCGGCCCGAGACAACAAGAAGACGCGCAUCAUCCCGCGCCACCUGCAGCUGGCCAUCCGCAACGACGAGGAGCUCAACAAGCUGCUGGGCCGCGUGACCAUCGCGCAGGGCGGCGUCCUGCCCAACAUUCAGGCGGUGCUGCUGCCAAAGAAGACGGAGAGCCACCACAAGGCUAAGGGCAAGUGA